AUGGAUUCAUGGUCUCUGUCUUGGUUUCUGUUCCUGGGCAACCUUCUCAUGGUUUCUGGCUGGGCACAAGACAGAAAUUCUAUUAUUGGAGAUAAAUACAGAUGGCCUCACGUCGUUCCAUAUGUUCUAGAGGAUAGCUUGGGUGUGAAUGCUAAAGCGGUUAUCCUCCAGGCAUUUGAUCGCUAUCGCCUGAAAACUUGCCUUGACUUCAAGCCUUGGUCUGGGGAAGAUAACUAUAUAGCAUUUUUCAAGGGCACUGGCUGCUGGUCCUCGAUAGGAAACAGACAUGAGGGGAGGCAGGAACUUUCCAUUGGGAACAAUUGUGACAGGAUAGGAACCGUGCAGCAUGAGCUCUUACACUCGCUGGGAUUCUGGCAUGAGCAGUCUCGUUCUGAUCGGGAUGACUAUAUCCAGAUAAUGUGGAACAGAAUUAAACCAGGUCGAGAGCACAAUUUUAAUAUUCAUAAUGACAAAGAAUCCGAUUUCCUGAAUGUUCCCUACGAUUACUUUUCUGUAAUGCACUACAGUAAAAUUGCAUUCAAAAGUGGAGAAGACCCUACAAUUAUAACAAAGAUGGCAGGCUUUGAGGAUCUGAUUGGCCAACGCAUGGAUUUCAGCGACUAUGAUCUCCAAAAGUUGAAUCGACUAUAUAACUGCUCCUCUUCCUUGAGUUUUAUGGACUCAUGCAAUUUUGAACUGGAAAACAUAUGUGGAAUGAUACAAAGUUCAGAAGAUAAGACUGACUGGAAGCGAGUUUCAAAUGUUUCUGGGGGUCCAAAGACUGAUUAUUCCAACAUGGGAAAGUGUAAAGGUUCUGGUUUCUUCAUGCAUUUUAACAGUAGCUCUGUAAGUGAGGGGCACACAGCAGUGAUGGAAACUAGGAUGCUGUACCCUAAAAGAGAAUUUCAAUGCUUGGAAUUUUAUUUGUAUAACAGUGGAAGUAUAAAUGACCACCUGAACAUAUACGUCAGGAAUUAUACUGCAGAUGAUGUAAGUGGUCAUCGGAUCCUUGUGAAACAAAUAAAAGAAAUUCCCAUUGGGAUCUGGAAACUUUACUACAUACCACUGAAAAUGGUCAACAAAUUUAGAGUGGUGUUUGAAGGUCUCAGGGGCUCUGGUGCAUCGUCAGGUGGUCUGUCUAUUGAUGACAUCAAUCUUUCGGAAACACAGUGCCCUGAACAUGUGUGGCACAUAAGGAAUUUCAAAGAGACCAUUGACAAAGAAAAUGGAAUUCUAUUAAGCCCUCCAUUUUAUUCUCCUAAAGGUUAUGCUUUUCAGAUUCAAUUCAGUCUAAAACCUUCGACAGAUGCACAGAUAUAUCUCCACUUGGUCUCUGGAGGCAAUGAUGAUUAUUUGAAGUGGCCAUGUCCUUGGCAACAAAUCACGAUGACACUCUUGGAUCAAAAUUCUGACAUUCGACGGCGUAUGUCCAACCAGCUGAGUGUAACUACAGACCCAUUUCUGCUUGAUGAUACAAAGUAUUUUUGGGACAGGCCUUCUAAAGUGGGAACACAGACUGUUUACCCUAAUGGAACUGAGUAUAUGAUGAACAAAGGCUAUGGGAGCAGUGUCUUCAUAAGCCAGAGCAGGCUGCACAGCAGAGAGUUCAUAAAAGGAAAUGAUGUUUAUAUCCUACUGACCACGAAUGACCGAUCUGACCUCGCUCAAAUACCAGAUCAGAGUAACCCAGAUCAGAGUAACCCAACCUCUGAUCCCAAUGAUCUCUGCUCAGUCGUCGUAUGUGAAAAUGGUGGCAUGUGCUCCGUCCAGAAUGGCAAGGCCGAGUGCUGGUGUCCUUCUGGGGAAGACUGGUGGUACAUGGGAGAAAGGUGUGAGAAGAGAGGUUCAACCCGUGACACCAUUGUCAUUGCUGUUUCUUCCACCGCUGCUGUGUUUGUCCUGAUGCUGAUAGUCACCCUCAUCAGUGUUUACUGUACCCGGAGGAGAUAUCGCCAAAGGCCAAAUUCAAAUAUUGCGAGUAUCACUCUGGAAAAUGUAAGUUGA